UUUCAAUGGAUUUUUGUAUAAUGAAAAAUUGGCGGUGACACAGUGAGUGGUUAUCAGAGUUCGAUGUUGAUAUACUAUCACUAUCAGUUGUGCGGCGGCGGCUGAUUGGGAUAUACGGAGGGAAAACAGGAAAACUAAAGAUGGCCGCCGAACAGAAGUACACGAUAGCAGACGUGGCCAGUCGGAACGGCAAGGGCGGCACUCCGGUGUGGAUGAUAUACAAGGACUCUGUGUAUGACGUCACCAGCUACGUCCCAGAGCAUCCAGCGGGAGAUGUGAUGCUGGAGGAGGCGGGCGCGGACUGCACGAAGGCCUUCGACGAGUCGGGCCACACCUCAGAUGCCUUCACUAUCAUGAAGAAGUAUAAGAUUGGAGAAAUUGUUGAAGAAGAGAAACGCUACGACGCAAACGGCAAGAAGAAGAGGAAAGUGGUCUCCGCCGCUCCUGACACUAGCAAUCGGAGUUGCUUGAGGAUCGUCACUUGCGGGCUAGUCGGCUGACGUUGGAAUGUACGCCUAAAGGCUGUUUUACGCCGACCAACAACAUGCGACAAUGCAGCAUCCUACAAACGAAACAUUAAUAAUUUUGCG